AUGGCUGACUCGAGCGAUGUGGGAAGAAGAAUCUCAGACUUCCUGAUAGCGGUUGAAGCUGAGCGAGGUGAGAUUUUGGAGAAUCUGUAUGCUGAUGGAGCAUCAGUGCGAGUGAUUUUUAGAGAAGUGUUGCCCCCACUGGAGCAGCAACUGGUGAUCCGUUUGUCAUUUGGAGGCAAACGGCCUUUUCAGGAGGCUGUGCUACGGAAGUGGUGUCGUACAUCUCCGUCCCUUGAGUUGCUGCAGCGUUUACGCAUCUUGCGUCAAGUGCGGACUGAGAAGGCUCAAGCCUUAAUGCUGCACGAGAGUUUCCAAAAGUCCCUGGUGAAGAGUCUUACAGAGAGAAGACCUCAGCAGCCCAAUGAGGAAAAUCAACAAAAAAUUCACGAAGAGCCUGCAGCGCUUUUUCAUGCAAAGUUGAUGCAACAUGCCGUUGCUUCUUGGGAUUCCUUUUUGGACAAGUUGACAGAGGAUCCACAAAGACAUGGGAAUUCCGGUGAAGUGCGUGCAAAGGCAGGAAACCAGUUUACAGGGUCCUCAUUGAUGGGGCUGGCAAGAUCAUUGGGUCUUUGUUCUGCGGGAAAAGCUGCAGCUUUGACCUCUACAGGCUUCCAAUUUAUUUUGAGCGAGAGGCAGCAGCAACUGUGGUCUUUGCUUUUUGCUUUUUUGAAAUCCAAAUCGACAGAGAAACUGCUCAACGCUUUGAAGAUCAUCUUCCUCAUUGGGGAACUCAGAUUGGGCCAAAGUCUGAAGACGAGUGAAGUUGAAACUGGACAAGAAUGCAAUGAAGAUCCGCUGCCAAGGCUCACAGACGUUCAGGAAACGCUUGUUGAGAUGGGCAUUCUGUACUGGGAAAGGGGCGACCCUUCACAACUUUUCGUCACACCAGCUGGACUGGCGCUUUAUCAGAAGGAAAUUAGCACCACAUUGUCACGUAUCACCGGGAGCUCUGAGGAAGGUGCAUUUCAGGGCAUCAUAGUUGAGAGCAAUUUCAAGGUCUACUGCUACACGCGUUGUGCAACCAGUUCCAGCAUCUCCCUGCAUGUGAAGCUUCUAACCUUUUUCUGUGAGAUCUUGUCAGAACUCCCAAACUUCAUCGUGGCACAGCUCACGGCGGAUUCCGUGCUCCGCGCGUUGAAGCGUGGUAUCCGUGUUCAACACAUCCUGCGUUAUCUUGAGGCGGCAGCUCACCCGAGAUCUGGUGGAGCGGUUCCCUCGAAUGUUCGGGGUCAGCUGGAGGUUUGGGAGUCCAGCCGCUCGCGUGCGUCUGCCAAUGAGGCUGUUCUCUUUGAGUGGCAGCUAGGAGACCCUGAUGACCUUUUCCUGGAAGCAGAGCAUCUGGCGCGCGAAGCAGGAGACCUGCUUUGGUCCAGACGAAGGGCUUUUGAUCUUCCACCACUGCUGGUUGUGGCGCGAAGAUCCAGAACGAUCCCACAAAUCCGCGCCCUGUGCUCCUCUUCCGCCUCUUCCUCCACGGUUCAGUCCGCUUCGGGCGCCCCCCGAAAGCGAGCUUGCACAGAAGGUGCUCGUUUUGGCGUCUUGAAGCCCCAAGGGCCUCAAGGGCAUUCCACGACUUCGCUGGAGUAA